AUGGUAGAUAAUUUUCCAAAUGAAUUGAUGCUUGAAAUCUUAAACCACGUAUUGAAAGAUACUGAAACUUGCAAGAAGUGGAACGAUUUUGUUCCGGUGGUUAUUAAUGAUGAAUUAACUCGAAAUCUAAAACGCAAAAUUAGAGUGGCGGAGGAAGGAGUUUAUUUGAUUACCGAACUGAAAAUUGAUGCGAGGAGAUUUUUUAGAAAGUUGGAUAAAGAAUUAAGAUUACUUAAAAGGAGAAGAUUGGAAUUUGGUAAAUUUCAGGAUAGAAUUGAAAAGACUUAUAUCAAAUCUAAUAUUACUCCAAAUACUUUAAAACUUGAAUUAUCUCAAAUGGUAUGGAAACCUUCAAAUGAAGACCAAUCAAAUUUCAUUCAAUUAGUUUCUACUCGUUUAGGUGAACUUCAAUUAAAAUCAAAAGAAUUUUUUGAAGAAUUAGAUUCAGAAAUACAAAGAGUUUCAGAUUUUUUUAUAAAUCAAACAAAUUCUCUUAUCAAUAUUUAUGAAAAGAACGAAGGUGUUUAUUCCAAUGAAUAUGAUCUUGCGGAUUUAUUACAAUCAAUCAUAAAAUUAGAAAAAUUUGUUUUCCUUAAUUACACAGGAUUAGUUAAAAUAUUAAAAAAACAUGAUAAGUGUUCUGGAUUAAAUUUUAGUCAAGCUUAUCUUUAUCGAAUUGCUUCCCUUCCAUUUGUAAAUUCUGGAAAACUUUCAUCAUUAAAAAAGACUUUAAUGGAAAAACUGGUAGAAAAUACAUCCCCCAAUUUAAUUUUGUCACCUACUAAUGGUAAUGGUGGUGUUGAUGGUGAUGUUAUUAAUCGUCUUCCUAUCACCGAACUCGUCAACAAUUCAACAAAAAACGCUUUAGCAAAAAAUUUAUCAAAUUUCUUAAAAUCAAAUUUUGUUCCAUCUCCUGAUAGUUGGUUUCCCCCAGCAGCAUUAUUACCUCAUCAAAAAGUUUUAAUUUCUUUAACUGGACCUCAUGGAACAGAUAUUAUUGGUUGCGUUUUAGAUUGUAUGGCUAAACAUGAUUGUGAAAUUGAAGAUUUCAUGUUAUCAAGAUUAUAUCAUAAUGUUACAUUUGGAGUUUUGGUUGUACUUAAAUCUGAUAAUGUGGAUUUAUUUCGUGAUCUCGCUGAAGCAUCAAGGAAAUGGGAUGGUACUUUAUCAUUUGAUGUUCAUGGGCAUCAAGAUAAUUUACCAAAAUCUAUUGAAGAUGCACCAUAUGAAAAUCGUAUUAAAUAUACUUCCACAGUAUUAAAUCAAAAUGGACUUUCGGCAAAAUUUCUAGAUUCUUGGACGAAAUUAUUACUUCGAGAAAAAAUUUCAGUUGAAAGAAUGCAAAGAUUGAAUGAAGGAAGAUUAUCAUGUGCUGAUUAUAAAUUAUCGAUUCCGAAUGGAACGGAUUUUGAAUCUUUAAGACAAGAAUUAUUUCAGUUAAGUAUGAAUCAUGGAACAGACGUGGCUCUUCAACCUGAUGAUGUAUUUAGAAGGCAUAAGAGAUUGGUUGUAUUUGAUAUGGAUUCUACUUUAAUACAACAAGAAGUUAUUGAUGAAAUUGCUAGAUUAGCAGGUGUGGUUCAUGAAGUGGCAGCAAUCACGGAAUCUGCCAUGAACGGUGAAAUUGAUUUUAAAGAAUCUUUAAGGCGUCGUGUUUCUUUAUUAAAAGGAACACCUGUAAGUGUUUUACAAACCGUCAAAGAUAAUCUCGUUUAUACGGAAGGUGCAAAAUCUCUUUGUAAAGCGUUAAAAAAAAUAGGAUUUAAAUUAGCCGUUAUCUCUGGUGGGUUCAUUCCCCUCGCUAGACACGUGAAAAAUGAACUUGGGUUAGAUUAUGCUUUUGCCAAUCAAUUAAAAGUUUCAGCCAAUGGUGAAUCAUUUACAGGAGAACUUUUAGGAUCAAUCAUUGAUGGAGAACGUAAAGCAGAAUUAUUAGAAGUUAUAGCUCAAGCAGAAAAUGUAACAUUAGAUCAAGUUAUUGCAGUUGGAGAUGGAGCAAAUGAUUUAUUUAUGUUGGCAAAAGCUGGAUUAGGUAUAGCAUUUAAUGCUAAACCACGUGUGCAAGAAAAGCAAGAAGAAACUUAUGAAAAAUGUAGUUGGGAGCAAGUUGAAAUAAGAGCAUUUGAUUUGAUGGAAUCAGCAGCUGACACUAAUUUAUGA